UUUAUCUCAUUCUUUUUCCGGUCGUCGACUCGUGCGGUUGUGUUUUUUGGGCAUCGCAGGAUUUUUAGUAGAAUAUUUUCCUAGAUACAUAUCUGGAGAGUGUGUGUGUGUUUGAAGGUGAAAAUAUUUUUUAGCCGACAUGGAUGGUGGAAUAAAAGCUGAAGGAGUAAAUGGUGCUGCUCCAUUACCUCAAAGAGCCCAGAAAAAUAUGCAGCAAGGCAAUAAAAAGCCGAAUUUAAAUGUUCAGCAGCAAAAGCAGAAUGACAAUGUCGAUGGGGCACCGGCGGAGAAAAAACCACGUUUUAACCAGAAUGGUCCAAAUCAAAACCAAGGUGGUGGUGGACCCGGUGGUGGUAACCAGAAUAAAGGAGGUUUCGGAAAUCAGAAUAGAGGAGGAUUUGGUGGGAAUCGUAAUCGUAACCAGCAGCAAAAUCGUGGGAACCAGAAUCAGAACCCAGGCAACUUAAAUAAUCAGCAAAACCAGAGCAAACCAAAUCAACCUAACCAACAAAAUCAACCCAACCCACAAAAUCAACCUAACCAACAAAAUCCACCGAAUCAACCAAAUCAAACUCCAGCAGAUGCAAAGCCUGCAGUUGACGGAAAUCAGGCAGCAGCUAAGAAGGAUCAAGGAGGACCACCUCAACCACUACAGCAGCAACAGCAACCGUCACAACCAGCCAUGGGAGGGCCAACAUACGAAAUACAGCCAGUUGAAGCAACCGAAGAACCUAAAUUUUCAGGACGCAAUCGUUUAUAUGUUGGUAAUCUAACUAAUGAUGUAUCAGAAAAUGAGUUGCGUGAGAUGUUUAAACCUUAUGGCGAAAUCGGAGAAAUAUUCUGUAAUGCUGAGAAAAAUUUUACAUUCCUAAAGUUGGACUUUCAUGCAAAUGCACAGCGUGCAAAGCGUGAGUUGGAUGGUACCAAUCGCAAGGGUCGGCAAUUACGCGUGCGUUUUGCACCAAAUGCCACGAUACUACGCGUUAAAAAUUUAACACCUUUUGUAUCAAAUGAAUUGCUCUACAGAUCUUUUGAAGUUUUUGGACCCAUCGAGCGUGCAAACGUUGUGGUUGAUGAUCGUGGCAAAUCUAUCGGAGAAGGUAUUAUUGAAUUUGCCAAAAAGUCGUCGGCAAAUGUGUGUCUACGUUUCUGCAGUGAGAAAUGUUUCUUCCUCACCGCUUCUUUACGGCCAUGUGUGGUUGAGCCGUUCGAAGUAAAUGAAGACGAUGAUGGUUUGCCAGAUAAAUCACUAAAUAAAAAAUCGCCAGAAUUCAAUCAUGAACGCAGUGUAGGGCCGAGAUUCGCAGAAAUAGGUUCAUUCGAACAUGAAUAUGGUACCAGAUGGAAGCAAUUGCAUGAAUUGUUUAAAACAAAGCAAGAAGCACUAAAACGAGAACUUAAAAUGGAAGAAGAGAAACUCGAGGCCCAAAUGGAAUAUGCUCGCUAUGAGCACGAAACUGAACUGCUCAGACAAGAGUUGCGGAAACGCGAAUCCGAUAAUGAACGCAAGAAGAUGGAGUGGGAAAUGCGUGAGAAACAGGCAGAAGAAAUGCGCAAACGCGACGAAGAAAAUAUGCAUCGCCAACAAACUGAAAUGCAGACACGAAUGUUGCGUCAAGAAGAAGAUAUGCGCCGCCGUCAACAGGAAAACACAUUGUUUAUGCAAGCACAGCAACUGAACUCAUUGCUUGACCAGCAAGAAGGCUUUGGCGGUAACAAUAAUGGAGGUAAUAAUUUCGACAACUUUGGUCGAGCAUCCAACAAUUCGCCAUUUGAAUUCAGAGAUCCAAUUUCUGCACUUUUAGGCGGCAAUGCCGGUGGUGGUAAUAGUGGCAACGGCACUGGCAAUGGGCCUAAUAAUCCACAGGUUUAUGAAAGGCGACAACAACGCGAGCGCGAGCGCAAACCCGAAAGAAGAAUCGUUCCUGAAGUCACGAUCGAGAAGAAUGAUUCGAAAGCGCCACCACCACCGCCAUUUAAUGUGAGAGCGGCGGGACAAAGCGAAGCCGGCGUCGGAUUGCCUUCUGAUAUCAAUUGGGAUCUGGUUAAAGAGCUUCUAUGCGCUUCGCUCCAAUGCUGAUAGGAUGAAGGGAGUCAACCAACAUCCAUAUCAGAAUGGGGAAAAACAUAGCAGAAGUUUUGAGGCAUUUCAAUGCCUAAAAUCAACCAAAG